AGUUGCGCAGACCUGGCGAAAACUACGCAGCCAUGGUGAAAACUACGCAGCCAUUUCACUUCAUCUUGUUGUAAAGCCACAGGUCCGAGAAUGCAAAUACUGCAAUAGUGGCUGAUGUUGGGUCUUCUUUAUAUCUAAUUGAGAGACUAAAACGUUUUCCUUCGAAUAAGCAUUGAGAGAAACAACCAAUAUGUAGCAUAUUUAGACGGGGUCGAGCGAUUCCAUACUAUAGCCAAGAAAGUGCGCUUGGUAGACGCGGUAAUGUCUUUGAAUAUCACUGUGAAAAGUGAAGACUCCGAGUCCUUUGACGAAGAAGACGAAUCAUCUCCGCUGCUUUCAGGCAAAAGAGGCUCCGAGUCUGCAGCUCGUCACGAUAUUUCUCCGGGAGAAGGCGGUCCAAUAGAAGACCAUGCAGGGUAUUCAACACAGCAUGGGCGGCUGGCAAUUAAAACGACCAGCAAACCCAUAGUACUGUAUCCUGUGAGUGCUGACUGUUUCUUUUCCUCUAACGUCACUUCUGCAGAUGGUAAAACCAUCUUAAAGAUAGCUCCAGCCCCAGUCAUGACCCUCCCGACCUCCUCCCCAGAGUUCUCCUCCCAGGCCAUCGUGUACCUGAUCGAAGCAGUGGGGUGCCGCUGGAGCCUGUACGGAACCCGGGAGCGUUCGCAGCUCUUCCAGAGCGUGCAGAAGGAGUUGGAGGAGCAGGGUCACUGUCUCCCUGUUGAGAAGAUCCGCCGCAAGUGGAACAACUUGAUUGUCACCUAUAAGAGGGUCAAAUACAGAGGCAGGGAGACCGGCCAGGCCAGAACCUCCUGGGAGUACUUUGAGAUGAUGGAUGCCAUGCUUGGUGACACCAUCGGUGCCGAGACCACUAGCAGCCCUACCCUAGUAACCAGCAUCCCUAAGGUGAACGUCGCCACGGAAACCACCAAAACCGAGCAGAAGCCCCUUCUCCUUCCCCAUGGCAACCUCAUCACUGCCUGCACUCGGACACUCACCCUUGUCCCCUCCUCCCUCCCACUCCAUACACCAGUUCCCUCCACCCUCCCUCUCUACACCUUUGUCAGAUCCCCCCCCACCCCUGUCUGCUCCUCCCUCCCUCUACCCAACCCUUUGGACACACCCUCCCCCAGAAUAGCUAAUAACACAGACCCUGUACAGCCAAACCCCUCCCCUGCUCCGGUCGCACAGCCCCCUGCCUCCUGUCACUUCCCCUCCAACCUCAGCCGCGUGCACCUCCGCAGAAAGAAGCGUGGUUGCUUCUCCAGCUCUACCUCCAAGGGCUCCUCCAUUACCUCCCCUCUGGUCCAGCAGCAGAAGCGAGGAGAAGGCACCUCCCUGCUGCAGGAGUUCCUGAGGAGGCAGGAAGGGCAUGCUGAGGAGGAGCAGGUCUGUCGCAGCAGGGCAGAGGCCCAGGGGAGGAGGUAUGAGAGGAGGGAGGUGUGCAUGGCAGAGUCCCUGGGAAGGAUGGCCACAGCUCUGGAGCUGCUCUCCUCCAAACAGGACACAGUCAUUGCCCUGCUGCAGAGACUGGCCGAGAGGGACGGGAAGUGACAGUCAUCGCCCUGCUGCAGGGUUGUCUCUAACUUCUAUAGCGAUAAUUAUGGAUAAACCCUGCCUAUUUUUGACUUUAUCUUCUUAAAAUUGGAUUUUAAACCUAACAUUAACCAUACUACUAAUAUUAUGCCUAACCUUAAAUUAAGGACAAAAAGCUUAUUUUUGUUUUCAUUAAUGUUUACUUUGUGGCUAUAUAAUCUAGUGGAAACCCUUCUGCAGAGACUAGCUGACGUGACACUGUAAUCGGCAUACUGCAUGACUGGCCGAGAGAGACUGGGAGGCUGACUCGGCAUGCGACCGAAGUGGCAGUGUUUUUCGUUAUAUAUUGCGCUACUUAGCAGUAAAACCCACCUGGUGUCCCAGGUCAAAAUCGAUCCCUGAUUAGAGGGGAAGAAUGAAAAUUAGCAGUGGAACUUGGUUUCAGGUCCAUAUUUGAAUUUGCCUAAUGUAAGCAAAAGGGUUCGGAUGCAGACUCGGAUAAUGUUAAUUAAAAUAUAUAUGUGUGUGUGUGUAUA